ACAUGCGCGUGUUAACGUCACAGCUAGGUAGUUACCGGUCCUGUACACAAUGGUCACCUUCCUUAGACCCAUGGAUUUGCUACACAAACGCCUCACAGAUACCCUCAUGCGACCAACGUACCCCCUGGGAUAUGGAAACACGAACGGCAAUGGCGGUGAUAUUCAGUGGUGUUUUUCACAAGUGAAGGGAGCAAUCGAGACUGAAGAUGUUACAGAACCUGACAUUAUUUCCUGCGUAGAAUUUAACAAUGACGGCGACCUCCUGGCAACAGGUGACAAAGGUGGACGUGUUGUCAUUUUCCAGCGCGAUAAGGGCAAGAUUGGACUGCCUCUUCGUGGGGAAUACAAUGUGUACAGCACUUUCCAGAGUCAUGAACCUGAAUUUGAUUAUCUCAAAAGUUUAGAAAUUGAAGAGAAAAUUAACAAGAUUCUAUGGAUGAAGAGGACCAACCCAGCUAAUUUUCUGCUUUCCACUAAUGAUAAAACAAUUAAGCUGUGGAAAGUAACUGAACGCGACAAGAGACCAGAAGGCUACAACUUGAAGGAUGAGUCGGGCUUAAUGCGAGAUCCUUCAACUGUGACUACAUUACGGGUGCCAAUGUUUAAGCCAAUGGAAUUGAUGGUAGAAGCUAGUCCUCGUAGAAUAUUUGCAAAUGCUCAUACCUAUCACAUCAAUUCCAUAUCCAUCAACAGUGAUCAGGAAACUUAUUUGUCAGCAGAUGACUUGAGAAUCAACCUGUGGCAUUUAGAAGUGACGGACCAGAGCUUCAAUAUUGUUGAUAUCAAACCAGCCAACAUGGAGGAGCUGACUGAGGUGAUCACUGCCGCCGAGUUCCACCCUCUCGACUGUAACUUAUUUGUGUAUAGUAGUAGUAAAGGAACAAUUAGACUUUGUGAUAUGCGCCAACAAGCUUUGUGUGACAAACAUGCCAAAUUGUUUGAGGAGCCAGAAGAUCCCACCAAUAGGAGUUUCUUUUCAGAAAUUAUUUCCAGUAUAUCAGAUGUGAAAUUUAGUCACAAUGGACGAUACAUGGUGACAAGAGAUUACUUGUCAGUAAAAGUGUGGGAUUUACAUAUGGACACAAAGCCUAUAGAAACCUACCAAGUGCAUGAAUAUUUACGCAGCAAAUUAUGCUCUCUAUAUGAAAAUGACUGCAUCUUUGACAAGUUUGAGUGUUCAUGGAGUGGCGAUGACAGACACAUUAUGACAGGAUCCUACAACAAUUUUUAUCGGAUGUUUGACCGUGAAUCCAAACGUGAUACAACACUAGAGGCAAGUAGAGAGAACAUGAAACCUCGUACAGUGCUGAAGCCACGAAAAGUGUGUACAGGUGGCAAACGCAAGAAAGAGGAGAUCAGUGUUGAUUGUCUUGAUUUCAACAAGAAAAUACUGCAUACUGCUUGGCAUCCCAACGAAAACAUUCUUGCUGUUGCUGCUACCAAUAACUUGUACAUCUUCCAAAGUAAAGACUAGCAAUAUGACGAGUUAGCCAGAAAAUUGACACACAGGAACAAGAAUACAGAAUUGCGUGUACACAUGAACCACAUGUCAUGUAUGUUUGGAGCCUAUACUGUAUAUUUUAUGAUGAAUAGUGCUGUGGCAUCUAUACACAGUUGAAUAAAUAGGCAGUUAGAACUAAGAAUUGGAUGGUCUUUACUCUCCAAUGUCCUGUAAAGUCAUGGAUGUUUCCUCCUUUCUAAGUUCUCUUUGUAAACGUAAUGCAUGUUCAGUAAGGUUUUCAUAAAAGAAAUUCUCUGAGUCAUACUAAUGUGACCAUUGUAUAUGUAAUUAAUGACAAUCAAGUUUGGAGAUGCAUUGCAAAUUUUCUUUAAAUGAAACUUUUUACAUUGAUAAGGCAAUUGAAAUUCUGCUAAAGAAAUAGUUGAAGGAGGGAAGUGUUAGUCAAUUCCCAGGCUUCCAAGGUUCAACUGUGUAUAAUGGAUUGAGGUACCGAUAAUGUCACAGGGAGUGAGUGUUGGUGUGGAGAGAGAUCUUCCGCUGGUCGGUAGAGAAAGCAUGAUAAAGACCUGAAUGAAUCCAUCACAUGCUGAUGUUGCGAUACGUUUUGCAUAAUUGGCUAUCAUAAUUGGCAAUCUUUAGUUUGAUGCCAAUUAGCUUUGUGUGGCAGUAAAUAUUGUGUAUGGAAGUGUUUAUAUUCCUAACUUGGGAUUAAUUUGCAUGCAGUCAAGUCAUACAAUGAUGGCAUGUACAAUUGAAUUUAGGUUAUGAAAUUUGUUUAAGUGGUUUCAUACAUCUGAAUUGGUAACUUUUCAUUGCAGCAUUGAUUUAGCAGGAGAUAUGUUUAAUGGAUCAAUUGCUGUGUAAUUUACUGAUACUUCUGAAUACUCAUUCAACAUGUUCUCAAACUAAGUAGAAAAAUGGUUUACCUUAUUCAUUCUUGGAGAUCAUAUUAUGAUUCAACGAAUGUCUGCAGACAGUUAGGUAUUCGUUAUUUCAAUAUUUGUACACAACCUCAUGAGAGGGUGAUUUUGUUUGUGCUGUACGAACACCUCAGGAAAAUUUCAUCUGAAGGACCACCUCUUCACAUUCUGUCUAGUGAUACAGACAUAUAAUUCAACUGCUCGAAAUACUCCUUGGUGUAAUUUCAUUAUAGGAAGGAUGGAUAUUUUUGGAGCCAUCAAAAGACCAAUAUGAGAAUUGGUUGUGGAUUAUCAGUAGAUACAUACUUUAGUGCUACCUUAAUUUUGUUUUGUUGCCAACCUUGUUACCACUGUGAUCUGUAUUUGUUAUGUUUAAUGGGUCAGAUAUUGUACUUCUUCAACUGGAAGGAGUUUGAUUAUUCUAAGAGAAAACUAUCCACUUCUGUCAUUGAAAUUUAAUGAGAAAAUAAUUAGGUAGAAAGGUCACUUGAGGUUAAAAGUUUCAUUGUGAAGGAUCGGUAUUAUGAUUGGUGGUGCUAAUGAGCAUGGGAUUGUAUUUACAAGUUAUACAAGUUAUAAUGUGUUCAGUUUUUGUUGAGGAAAUGGUGCAACAAAGUGCUUUGUUAGGUCAUUGAGAAGUAUAUUUGUUAUUCAAAAAUUGUUACUGAAAAUAUUUUUCUGCCUUUACACAUUGUGAUGUCAUUAAAAUUGAUCAAAAACCAUUCAACCCUGAUGAUAAUUCUGAAGGUGUAAACUAAUAGCAUCAUAAGUUUAUUUAUUUUCAAUAUGAUUUCAUGUUUGUAAGCAUUAACUAUUUGUAUGAUGUGAUGGGAUUAAUCUAGGCUAUGUUAAGAAAAGUUUUCCUGCAGAAGAUUCAGAGAAAGGAAAUGGAUACCAACAAACUUACAAAAAUUGUCCUAUUUGAUAGGUAUACAACCUGAAGCAUAAUAAUGAUUUAAUUUUCAAGGUAAUCUUCUCGUUUAUCAAGAUAAAUAAAACAUGCAUGUUAUUAAAUUUUGCUUGAGAAAUGGAUCAAAUACUAUCUUGAUUUCUGGUUUAUCCAGUUGUUCAAUGUGUGAAAUUGUGGUAGCAAUCUUCUAAAAUCUGCUGCUGUAUUUGUAUAAUGGACAAUCCCACCUAGUUGUCCCCUUGAAUAUGAGGGCUAGAUUAAUCCCUAAAAUUGAGUCCCAACAACACAUUUUGUUAUACCCAUUGUGUGUAAGGAAGAAGUAAGUGUUGAAGAAAUAUUAUAAAUCUAUGGUAAAAUAUUUCACUAAGCUGAAAGGCCACUUUGAAAGUGAGUAGAGCCUGAGGUAUUCCUCAAAAUGUGGACAGCUGUUGAUCCUAGAGGUGGUAUAAAUGUAUUUUCAUAGGGAGAGAGUGGUAUAGUUGCUACGAAAGUGAUGUCAGUUGUUGAUAGAACUUGUUAUUCCCAACAGUGCGAGUCCGAUAUAUGUCAAGGAUGUAUGAUGUCGGUGAUGUGGGUGGGGGACCAUUUGGUUAUUGAAUAUGAAUUGUUUUAUAAUGUUAAUUAAAGUAAUGAAUGUACUGACACUGUUUUGCUUGAUACUGUUUUCUUAGUAGAAAUGGCGGAAGUUAAAGUCCAGUUGGUGCAAUGAACGACAUGUUGUAGACUAAGUGUUGCAGCAAACAUACCAUUGGUGCCAGUAAGAAAGCACCCAGGAACUAUUGCUCUUGAAACAAAAUUAAUGCUACAGUCGUAAAUGUAUCCAUUUUCUAUGGGUGCUGUAACUGGAAGUGUCCAUGUUCUAUGGGUGCUGUAACUGGAAGUGUCCAUGUUCUAUAGGUGAUGUAACUGAAAGUGCCCAUGUUCUAUGUGUGUGGUAACUGGAGUAUCCUUUUCCAUGGGUGCUGUAACUGAAGUGUCCAUGUUAAAUGGAUAUUUUGGUUGAAAACCUUAGUACUUGUGGUAGUGCCCAUGUUUUGUUUGUAUUGUAGUACCCAUGUAAUGAGUGCUGUUGUUAUAACUGUAGGUAGUACAUCAUACUUGAGCAUUCCUCAUGAUUUAUGACGGUAGUUGGGUAGUAUAACUCCCUAGAAACCUUGUUUACAUGGAUAGCAAUGAUCCAUGUUAAAUAUAAGACAUAUCUUGAUAAUUAGCCAAUUUAACGGUCUUUAAAUGGUGAAAUUGAUCUUGUUGCCAAUUACCAUGGAUUUAGUGGUUUUGACAUGUUCAACUUCAAAUGUUCCUUUGUAACAGAUUCUGUUUGUGGUAUGCAAUAUGGCAAGAAUUCCCUAACCUGUACUGGUUCUGUCCUUUAUCACAAGAUAAGGUGAUUAGGUAGGGUCGUGAUAUCCUCAAAUUUGUUUGUUUGUUUGUUUUUUUUUUUCCAGAACACAGCUGUUACACUUAAUCCAGUUAUUAUUUUCAUCAGUCAACAGUGUUGAAAUAUUAUAGAAAUGCCAGAAAGAAUGAAUUUGUUAUCGAAAUGCCCAUUUGUGUUGACUGAAGUAUUUAGAAUGUGGAUGGUGUAGACCAUGUCCUGACGAGUAGUCCUCAGGUGACAUCACAUAACAAUCUAUUUUUGUAUUUUAAAAUGAUCGAAAGAAAGUGUUUUGAUGCAGAAGAAACAGUACCUGAGGUAAUAAAUAAUCACUUCUAUUGAGCAGCAGGAUUACCCGCUGGGUAUCCUAGAGAAUCACAGAGGGAAAAUUCCUUGGUCAGUAACUACUGAAUACCAACUUGUUUAUUUAAAAUCAAAGUCUUGCUUCUAUUUAUUUUGCAUAUCAACACUGAAAUUUUACACUGAACAUUUUGAUAACUCAUUUUGUUGGAAUGUGUUUGUUAUUGUGGGAAUGUCGGAAGCAUAGAUCAGUACAAGGUUGUGGAUUGUGGUCUAAUCUACCUCGUGUUUAAUUAUUUGUGACAGUAGAGACCCAGCUUAGCAGAGAAAAACAAAAUUAUUUCACAAGUCGCAUAUUUCAGCAAUGUUCCUUGUAAUAAAAUCAAGAAUGAUGAGGGAUCCGGAUGCAUUUAUAUCUUACUAAGGGCAUGCUAAUCUUUUGUAUUUUAUUAGCAAACAUCAUGCAUUGAUUGAGCCAGGAGUCUGGUGAUAGAUUACUGACGGACAUCAUACUCUGAGCCAUGAGCCUGGUGACAGUUUACUGAGAGACAUCCUACUCUGAGCCAAGAGUCUGCUGACAGUUUACCGAAAGACAUCCUACUCUGAGCCAAGAGCCUGGUGACAGUUUACGGACGGACAUCCAACUCUGAGACAAGAGUCUGGUGACAGUUUACUGAUUAACAUUGUACUCUGAUUGAGCCAAAAGUCUGGUGACAGUUAACCGACAAACAUCGUACUCUGAUUGAGCCAAGAGUCUGGUUACAGAAUUGAAUUAACACCAAGCUACUAUAGAAUGUUUUUCCAGCCUACCAGUUACAGUGCGAUGCAUGUACAGUACAGACUGUAGUAUGUAUGUCGAGGUAUAGGGUCAAUAUUUAAAUACAACAGCAAUUUCACUUCUACCCCUUGUACCAAAAUCAAACUGUAGGAUUGACGAGAGAGUGAGAGAAAAAAUGGCAGUGUAGUCCAUUAAUGGUUGUCGUGAAUGAAGAGCCCUGGUCAGUUGUACUCUAUCUUGUUGUCAUGUAUAGUAACUAAGGGUCGUCGUUCAGUCAUGCCAUGGAAAGCAAUAAAAAAUAUUUUAAAAACC